CAUAUGUUACAUGAUUGAUUGACCUGUCUCUUGUUUAGUAAAUUAUAAUUUCAGUAUACCUGCGUCGGCGCUUUCAAGCUGGUAAACCAAUGGUGGGAUCCAUACCUUAUACUACAUCUAAUUUAAAUACAUCCUUAAUACUUAAACCUCCAGAAAAGUCAAAGCAUAAAAGUGAUCUCUCAUCUCCAAUAAUUCUUUAUACAGGACAUGAAAGUGAAAUAUAUUCCAUAAAAUUUUCUUCUGAUGGCACAUACUUUGCUUCUGGUGGAUUUGAGAGACAAAUUUUUUUAUGGAAUACAUUUGAUAAUCAUGAUAAUUUUGCUGUGAUACCUGGGCACCUUGGAGCAAUACUUGACAUCAAUUUUAAUACUGAUGGAGAUUUGGUGAGCUGUUCUUCUGACAAAUUUGUUUGCCUUUGGGACAUGCACUCUGGGACCAGAAUUCGUAAAUUCAGAGGACACACAUCUCACGUAAACUCUUGCGCGUGUAAUAGAAGAGGCCCUCAGAUGAUAUGCUCUGGUUCUGAUGAUUCUACUGUCAAAUUAUGGGAUUCGAGGCGAAAAAAUGAAUUAUCAUCCUUCCAAAACACUUACCAAAUAUUAGCCGUCGAGUUCAGUGACAAUUCCGAAUACAUCUUCUCAGCGGGCAUCGAUAAUGUCAUAAAGGUUUGGGACAUACGAAAAAACAAGGAAUUGUAUACUAUGUUUGGUCACACCGACUCUAUAACUGGAUUGCGGCUUAGCCCCGACGGAAACUUUCUCUUGACUAACUCUAUGGAUAACACAGUUAGAAUAUGGGAUGUGAGGCCGUAUGCUCCCUCUGAUAGAUGCUGUAAGGUUCUCUUUGGGCAUCAACAUAACUAUGAAAAGAAUUUACUGCGGUGCGAUUGGUCGAAACCAUCGGCCAGUAAUCGACAUCAAAGGGUAACAGCUGGAAGCUCGGAUAGAUUCCUCUACGUUUGGGACACCAUGUCGGGUAAAAUUAUUUACAAACUUCCAGGCCACACCGGAUCAGUCAAUGAAACUACUUUCCACCCUAACCAGGAUAUCAUUGCUUCGUGUUCAAGUGAUAAAAAGAUUUUCCUGGGUGAAAUUUGAAAAGAAAGAUCAUAGACGUAAUUUGAAAAAAAAAUUUAUUGGCAUUUUUUUUAAUUUGAUCUACAUUUAUGAUGGAUAGCAUUAGGCUAAUA